GUAGAAGGCGCAUCUAUGCAAGAAAGAUGCUGUGACCUUGACAAAGACGAGAGGCGUGUUAUUUGUGAAGAACUCAAAGAAAUGCUGCAGACGUUGCGAGCUUUAGAGAAAGACAGUCACGAUUGGUUUGUUGGCAGGCAACCGCUGAACAAUAUAUUCCUGCCUCCAAAGCUUAGAGGGCCGUUUGUUGGCUCAAACGCUGUUAAGCAGUUCCAAGAUGCUUGCGGUAUUGACAUUGAUGGCGAAGCGCUUGCACCCAACAUCACCUUGUCGUUGGGGAAGAAUCCGAAAGUGGCAGCUAUCAUUGAUUGGCGCCAGGCGGGGUGGCUUCCGGAGUACUGGGAAUACUGCAAGGCGAGACGGGUGAAUCUCAAUCCGAAACUUUUCAGUCAUGCUGCCCAGGAAGAAUGGCGUACAGAUUAUCUUCCAACUAUUCUGGAUCCGGUGGAUGAGGAGGCAUGUCACCAUCCUUGGCUCCAUUGUGCCUUGGCCAACAUCUAAGGAAUGCUCUUCAGUGGAUGAGCAUUCCCUGACGAAGGCGAAAUGGAUUAUCGGCCAUGGUGG